AUGUUCCGAAGAUGCAGUGGCACCUCUACGACGUGGGUCAAUUUCGACACGAUCCCGUGCACAACUCUGAGCAGCUCUGGCCGAGCCAUCUGGAAUGCACUUUCCGGCGAGGUCGACUCCAUGAUAGCUCAAGGUGAGGAAGAAAUUCAGAGGCGGAAGAAGGAAUUGGAGGCUCGCGGGAAGUUUGGCCCCAAGAAAUUGGAGGUGCCAGAGCUUCCGUUGGUGCGGCUCCGAGUGGAACAUUCGGGGUUCGACACCAUCUCCGGCGCAACCUUCGGCAACCAAUUCGUGGGCCGGGUAGCGAAUCCGGAUGAGGUGCUGCUUUUCCAUCGACGUGCCGGCGGUGGGGCUGUGGGAAGCCGAAAGGUUCAAGGCCUCGGCGACAUCCUCGAAAUUGAGGAAAACACCAUGCCGGGCGACGAUGGUGUUAAGAUUCAGGACAUCAUCUACAAAUACAUAGAAGGUGAGCAGAACCUCCAGGUUCUUCCUGAACCAGAUCUGAACGACGCCGUGCAGUCAUUUGUGCACAGAUCCGAGCCCUGUGCCAUCGAGCGGUUUGUCAAACAGGCGGUGGAAUCCACAAACCAGGCGGUCCUCAAAGAGAGCCGAGCUGUUGGUGAGGAGGAGAUUCGCGUGCAGAUCCAGGACCGUGCAGAGACGCUGAGGCAGCAGCGGCUGGCCGCAGCAGCUGCGCAGGGUUCGCUCUCAGGCCCGCCGACUGAACGCGCAGACAGCCUUGCCAAGCGAGAGCUGGACCUCUUGGAGGAGCCACGCGCUCCUGCCGCAAGUAUGGCGGAGGCCAUUCCCCCGACCGCCUUCCAAGCCGAGGAGGUUGAGGCCCCACGCAGAGGCCGAGGUGCGCGAGGAGGCCGAGGUAGCCGAGGAGGACGAGGCCGUGGCUCCAAGCGGUCGCAAGACGACUUCGACCUGGCACCAACCCCUGCAAAGCAGCCGCGAAUCGCUCGUGGCGAUGCUCGUGUGGCUGCUUCCCAAGCUUCACCCCAAGCAUCCCAAGCCCCACCCGCCCCUCCCGCCCAGCCCUGUGCGCCCACCACAGCUCAAGCCUCCACGGCCACAGUGCCGCCCGCAGCGGCCACGCCCUUCUUGCCUAGAAGGGCCGGGGCAGUGCCAGACGCUGCCGAGAGCUUCCUUGGGGCAUCCCAGCACAUGUCUCAGGCCCAACUCCAACCCCCUCCCAAGAGACAGUGGGCCCUGAAAAAAGGGUCCUAG